GGUCUCGCCCGGAGCUGCCUGGGUAAAACCCAAGAUGGUUGCGUGCACGUAGUGUCCUCGUGAACCCAGCGGGGACGGUUCUUGUUCUCUCCUUGAAGGCCACGUCUGGCCCUCCCUCCUGUGCUUGUGAGGUGGGCUGUUGUAGGGGAGAGAUGAGAGCAAUGGCAGGGAGCCUCUCUUGGGUGGCAGGCAGCCUCUCUUUGGUGGCAGGCAGGAGCCUAUGGGGCCAGGUGCCGCUGGCCUGCAGAAGCUUCUCUCUGGGUGUUCCCCGAUUGUUCCAUGUAAGGGUCACCCUCCCGCCCCGCAAAGUGGUUGAUCGUUGGAACGAGAAGAGGGCCAUGUUCGGGGUAUAUGACAACAUCGGGAUCCUGGGAAACUUUGAAAAGCACCCCAAAGAACUGAUCAAGGGUCCCAUAUGGCUUCGAGGCUGGAAGGGGAAUGAAUUGCAGCGUUGUAUCCGAAAGAAGAGAAUGGUUGGAAAUCGGAUGUUCAUUGAUGACCUGCACAACCUGAACAAACGCAUCAGCUAUCUCUACAAAUGCUUUAACCGACAUGGAAAGUACCGGUAGAAGAGAAUGCUGGGAACUGUGGAAGAGGUGUAUCUAUCACCCAAGAGAAAGGGAAAGUACUUUUCCUUAUGAGGAAAGGGAUUUGUAUGCUCUCAGGAAUAAAAUGGGACUUCUUUGAAA